AUGUUUCAGCUUGAACCUUUUAUUCAUCAAGUAGGAGGCCAUUCAUUCAUGUUAUCAUUGGAUGGUGCCACUGUGUGCAAACCAUUGGUAGAAAGAGAACAUCUAUUUUAUUUAACAAUACCUGAUGAAGUACAGAAAUUUUUACCUCAGUAUUACGGAGUCAUAUCGGUUAGAAUUAUUCAAACCGAUGAUGGCUAUGUACAAUUCAUUGCACUACCACCCAAAAAUUAUGUACCUUUAUGGCAUGGAAAUAAACGUGGAUUACGUAAAACUGGAAGCAUCGAGGUGACUAAUUCUGGUAAUGAACACUUUCAAGAAGAUCAACAUGAAAGUAGUGUUUCUGGUAGUAGCGAUCUUACAAGGCUUAAUCCUUGGGUAUUAAAAUGUCACAGAGAAAAUAUGUGCAGUCUAUUAAAACGUUUUGAAGAGGGUGAAGACAAAGCGAAGGAGUUUAUAGUUUUAGAAAAUUUAACAUGGAAAUUUACUUACCCUUGCAUUUUAGAUUUAAAAAUGGGGACAAGGCAAUAUGGAGAUGCUGCUACUUUGGCAAAAAAACAAAGUAAAAUGUAUAAAGUAGUUAGUACAACAUCAGCAAAACUAGGACUCAGAGUUGGGGGUAUGCAGGUAUUUCAGAUUUCGAGUAAACAUUAUCUUUGUCGGAAUAAGUUUUAUGGUCGUACUCUAUCAGUUAGUGGAUUUCAACAGGCUCUGGUUCAAUUUUUACAUAACGGCGUAAGAUUUCGUUCAGAUGUGCUUCCGGUUUUGAUUCGACGGUUAGAAGAACUUUUUACCGUAUUAGGAAGACAGGAAACAGUUAGAUUGUACACGACAAGUUUACUACUGCUGUACGAAGGAGAUGAUUUCGUUCAAGAAUCUGAUCCACGGAAUAGUAAAACUCUAACGGAAACUUUAGUGAGAACUCUUUCGAGAAAAUCCGAUUCUUCGUAUAAUUCGGAACCUAACGUAGACGUUAAAAUGAUUGAUUUUGCUCAUUCCACUCAUAAAGCAUUAGAGGAUCCGGUAGUUUAUUCGGGACCCGAUCGAGGUUUUUUAUUCGGUUUAGAAAAAUUAAUUAACAUGUUAAAAUCAAUAGAAAGCGAUUAUGGAUGA